GAUGAUAAGAAAAUUGUUGAUCUGUAUCUACUAUUCUGGACUGGCUUUUCUCACUUCCUGGAAACUAUUAAAAGUACCAACCAGUCAUCAUAUUGGGGAGGCCAACCUGGUGCAGCCUCAUAUGUUCAGGGUCGGACGGGAGAAAAAUUGCACACCUUGUUUAUGUUGCCGGCUUCUAGGGAAAGAAGAGAGGAAAAUUUAUCCCAAUAUGCUUGUUUGGUUGCCUUCUUCGACUAUUGCACCCUACAACAUUCAUCGCUUGCUUGUGCUACUCCAUCGCAUUACGAGUAAAUUGGGGAUUCACCCAUAUUCAGUCCAUUGCUAAAACUUGAAUUCUUUCAUUUUUCAAAUUUGACCUCAAAGGGGAACAUUAGAAAUCUCUCUAUCGACUCUUUACCGGUUCUAUCAUAAUUAAUAACCUUCGGUCGCACUAUCGACAUUGUCUUCUCUUGGUUGAUUCUCGACCGAUGUAAAUAAGGGACAACUGUUGAAAACUAUCACUAUUUUUUCCCUUCUCUUCAUUUCAUUGUAUAAGAUAAACAACCCUCAGUUACACCAAUUUUAUUUUCCAUUUAAAAGAAUAAACACGGGUGGUUCCUCAAAACCCACAGGUUGUGCAUCCAAACCUAACCCUGAAACAAAGCCACCAGGUUCUCUCAUCAACUGGCACCUGGGGGUAGUGCCACCGGCAGGUGCCAGUAAGAACUACAUGACUGGGUACUUGGCAUCUGGUGAUUGGCCGGUGAGCGAGAGCUAUAGGCCUAUAUAACUAACCUACGCCCCUCUUAAUUACUCACAACUUGGUAGGCCACAAAGAUACUCCGAAUAUUCCUCGUCUUCUUCCUCUGAACUCUUUUGAUCUCUCAGGUGGCAUUUCGUUCCUUCCUUUUUCUGAAGAAUCAGAGCUUGAUUUUGAUCUUUGUAAUUUUUUCCCCAAAGAUUUGGUUUCGAUUCAUAGAGCAAACAUGGCUACAGCUAUAGAUGUGUACAAUAGCGUGCAGUUCUUCUCAUCAGAUCCUGUAAACGAAGCUCUCGAAGCUCUGAAUCAUGGAGGUUCUGCUCCGUCCUUCUCGGAUUCGUCUUCCCGCGUGCCCUUCUCUUUCUCCUCGUCCUCUGUUCUGCAUCAAAAUCCCAUCUUUGAUUGCUUUCCUGCUUCGUCUCUGAGAUCUGGCACGGUUCCGGUUAGCUUUUUGAGCCCUAGAAGCUCUCCGGCCCAUGGCAAAGCGAGUGCCGCCGCGCGCCUCCUCGGCCCCCGGCCGCAGCCCAUGAAGCGAGCAGCCGAGCCGCCAAAGCCCGCGGCGGCCAAGCUCUACCGCGGUGUCCGGCAGCGACACUGGGGGAAGUGGGUGGCGGAGAUCCGCCUCCCCCGGAACCGCACCCGCCUCUGGCUCGGCACCUUCGACACCGCGGAGGAGGCCGCCACGGCCUACGACCGCGCCGCCUUCAAGCUCCGUGGGGACGCCGCUCGGCUCAACUUCCCGGAGUUCAAGCGAAACGGAGCGCACUUCGGCUCGCCGCUCCACUCCUCGGUCGACGCCAAGCUCCGAGCCGUCUGCGAGAGCUUGGCCGGCGUAGAACAACAGGGCAAAACUAGCCCAAGCCACCCCGCGGCAGCAGCUGCCGCAGCCGUCGAACUCAGCUCGUCCUCGGAGGAAAACAAAUCCAAGAGCUCGCCGUCGCCGGACGGAGACGACAGCUCCUCGAGCACGUCGGCCGCCGCCUCGGAGAUGCAGCUCUUGGACUUCACGGAGGCGCCAUGGGACGAAUCAGAGAGCUUCAAGCUGCGAAAGUAUCCAUCUUGGGAGAUCGACUGGGAUUCCAUCCUCUCUUCCAAUUAGUCCUCUUCCUUCUUCCAUUUCUGGUCCGCAAGUACUUCUUGUGGCUUAAUGCAAAUGGAAUUUUAGUCAUUUGCAUGGCCUUUGUUUGAUCUUCUUCGCUGCACACUAAGCUUUCAUGGCCUGAUCAGGAUCACAAAUGCAAAAAAAAUUCUCCUGAAACAGCUUUGGGCCAGACAUUGUGAUCUCUGCAAUAAGAUUGCUGCAUUUAAUGUAGAGGUUGUGAA